CAGUGAGUGCCACACUCAGAUCAGAGAGACUCCAACAUCCACAAGCAAGAUGGCAGGACGAUUGAUACAGUACAUGGCCUGGCUUCUUUCUUCUAAGCUGCUGCUGCUGACAUGUUUUGUGGUUGUCACAGCUUUUGUGAUUCAGAUUUUUAAAGAAGAGAGCAACCCUUCAAGUGAACAAGUAACAGAAUUCAACAAUGAGCUUCGGAUCCUGCUUAUUGGAAAGACAGGCGUGGGCAAAAGUGCAACAGGAAACACCAUCUUUGGAAAAAAGGCUUUUGAAUCAGAUAUCUCCUCUUCUUCUGUUACCAUACAGUGUGAGAAAGCCAGUGGAAGUGUACAUGGCAGAAAGGUGUUUGUUAUUGACUCUCCAGGCCUGUUUGACACUCAGUUAUCUGCAGACGAGGUGGUCAGUCGGAUUAAACAGUGCAUUCCAUUCUCUGCUCCAGGACCUCAUGUCUUUUUAGUUGUGAUUAAAAUAGGUAGAUUUACAGAAGAAGAAGAAAAAACAGUUGAGCUGUUUCAAGCAAUUUUUGGAGAAAAGUCAUCCAGCUACACUAUGGCUCUCUUCACUCACGGAGAUCAACUGAAGGGGAAAAAUAUUCAUCAGUUUAUACGCAACAAUACAAAGCUUUUGAAUUUCAUCAGGAAAUGCAAAGGUGGAUACCAUGUGUUCAAUAACGAAGAUCAAAAUCCAGAACAAGUCAUCCAGCUCCUGGACCAGAUUGAUAAGAUGGUCACUGUAAAUGGUGGAGAACAUUACACUACAGAGAUGCUUCAGGAAGCUGAACUGAGGAUCGUGCUGGUGGGAAAGACUGGAGUGGGAAAGAGUGCCGUAGGAAACACUAUUCUGGGAAAAGAGGCAUUCUCGUCCAUCUUGUCGAGCUCAUCUGUGAGCUCAGACUGUGAUAAAGUCAGAGGAAAAGUAAAUGGUAGAAAUGUUGCUGUAAUAAACACGCCAGGCCUUUUUGACACAGAAAUAUCAAAUGAUGAAAUUGUAAAAAGAAUCGAGACAUGCAUAUUCCUGUCUGCACCAGGCCCUCAUGUGUUUUUGGUGGCUCUCCAACUGGGAAGAAUCACAAAAGAAGAGAAAGACACAAUGGAGAUCAUCAAGGAAAUUUUUGGUAAAGGUUCUUUACCGUACAUCAUGCUGCUCUUCACACAUGGAGACAGACUAGCAAAGAGUAAGAAGACUAUUCAUGAAUUUGUUGGAGAAAGUCCUCACCUGAUGCAUUUUAUCCAGACAACUAGUGGACGAUAUCACACAUUUAACAACUUGGACAAAGAUCCAAACCAGGUUAUCGUACUCUUUGAACAUAUAGAGCAGCUGAUUACAAGAAAUGGAGGAAGUCACUACACAAAUGAAAUACUUGAGAUGGCUGAAAGAGCAAUUCAAGAGGAACAGUUAAAGAUUCAAAGAGAAACUCAAAUGGAUGAUGAGCAAGCAAGAGAGAAAGAAAGAAGCAGUAAAUACAUGAAAACUGCUGCUGGAGUUGGGUUGGCUACAGUAGUUGCGGGCAUAGAGGAACAGCUGCGACUGGUGUUGGUCGGCCUACAGGGUGUCAGGAAGAGUGCAGCAGGAAACACCAUUCUUGGCAGUGAAGAAUUUCAAUCAGACAUCAGCGCCAGUGCUCUGACGCAGCGGACUGAAAUCAGGGAAGGUCUGGUAUGUGGAAAAUAUGUGAUGGUGGCGGACACUCCAGGUCUCGGCACACUCUCAGAUACAGAGAUGAAGCAGGAGAUGGAGAAAGCUGUAACCCUCUGCCAUCCUGGACCCCAUACCUUUCUCACUGUCAUCCAGCUGGGACGCUUCACGGUGCAAGAGAGGAGCGUGAUGGACAUGCUGGUUGAAAUGUUAGGCUCAAAUUUUAAUCUCUACUGCAUGGUGUUGUUUACUUAUGGAGAGAAACUGAAGAACAAAACAAUAGAUCAGUUUGUGAAAGAGGACAAGAACUUGAUGAAACUGAUUGGCAAAUGUGAGGGACAGUACCAUGUGUUCAAUUAUUCUAACACAGAAAAUAAAGCUCAGGUCAGUGAGCUCUUGGAGAAGAUAGACACCAUGAUCAGGAAAAGGAAGAAGCAGCCAUUUUAUGUAAAGAUGCAUGAGCAACAGAAACCUCAUGAAGAUCUCCGGAUUGUUGUUUUGGGGAAAACUGGAGUUGGAAAAAGUUCUGCUGGAAACACCAUCCUGGGUGAAGAAGCCUUCAAAUAUGACAUAUCAGCAUCAUCUGUGACCAAGGAAUGCUGCAAGGACAUCAAACCAGUAAAUGGCAGGAAAAUUGCAGUGAUUGAUACUCCAGGCCUGUUUGAUCCAAACUUUACAUUAGAGGAGAUAGUAGAUAGGCUCAAGUUCUGCAUCCCUCUCUCUGCUCCUGGUCCACAUGUCUUCCUGUUCGUGGUUCAGCCUGGCAGAUUCACUGAGGAAGACAAGAAGACAGUGGAGAUCUUUCUGAAGGUAUUUGGGGAAGAUGCCAUUCACCACACUAUCUUGUUCACCCAAGGAGACAAGCUUGGUAAAAGAAACAUGCAAGAGUUUGUUCGUCAAAACCAAGAUCUGGCAAAAUUCUUCAACAUGUGUAACCAGAGGCACCAUGUUUUCAACAAUGAGGUGAAGGAUCCUACACAGGUGUUUCAGCUGCUGGAAAAGAUUGACAAAAUGUUGUCAGAAAAUGGAGGAAAUUAUUAUACCAAUCAAAUGCUGCAGAUGGCAGAGCAAGCGAUUGAGGAAGAGAAACAGCGGCUUCUGAAGGAACGUGAAGAGCAGAGAUGCAGGCAGUUUGAGGCUCUGAAGCAGGAAGCUCUGUUUGAAGCUUACACAGAGUUUCAGGAGAAGCAGGAGAGAGAGGCCAGAGAGCAAGCAGAAAAGAAAAACAAGUAUAUUGACAUCAUCACACAGGUUUUGUGGAGUCUCCUUGAGAACUUCCUCAUGAAGCGAUUACAAAAUGCAGGAAAAAAUUAA